CAUAGGCAAAUAGGUACAUAUGUUUGCGUACAGCUGAUUGCUUGACAAUCCAUGCUCGAUUUCAAGGAGCUCGAACCAAGCCAUGGUAGUUGACAUGAGUUGGCAGUUGACCGGAUGCCUUGCCCCACCAGCUCGGCCAUAGCAAGGCCACUAUCUGUAGCUAAAGACACGAUGUUGUCUAGGUAGGCAAACCUAUCAUCCUCCUGCACCUGUCCUGAAAGAGCCUGUUGAUCUCCAUCGAGCAUUCUCCUCGUUGAAAUAUCAGGUCGGUAUAUGUGAAGAUAUAUCCUUCGAUGUCUAUGACUGAGAACAACAUUUUUCCCCAUUGAUUUCACCCUCCUACGGACGUUAUAUAUCAAUGUUGAAUCAACCGCCUCCCACACGUGCGAGCAAGCCGAGCAUUGCAACACCACUCGAUACAUAUCUCCGGAGUGGCACACCUGAUGAAUGGAAGAGGUAUUCUGCUAAUGCGGAUCUUGAGUCGCAGCAGAGCCCGAGAAUCUGCUUUGCCUCAAUACGAUAUCUGCUUCUCACAAUCUACCGCCGCCUCUUUACGCUGGUAUACUGUGCCAAUGCAAUCGCAUUUAUUAUUGUUAUGGUGAAGAGCAGACAAAAACAGCUCCCCUUUAUCAACGCAGCCGCGAUUAAUCUCCUGAUAUGCGGUCUUGCGCGACACCCAAUGGUGGUAAAUUCCAUCUUUUGGAUCAUCUGCCGCAUCCCACGGUCGGCACCCCUUGUGCUCCGCAGGCUUGCUGCAAAAGCACAUCAUUAUGGCGGCGUACAUAGUGGAUGUGGUGUGGCAGCCUUCUUGUGGUACACUGGCCUCGUGGCGAUUAUAUCCCAGGAGUAUUGGACUCUUCCAACCUCAGGAACAGUCACCGUCCCUGUGCUGGUGCUAUCCUACGUUUUACUCGCCAUUCUCCUUGCCAUGCUUGUGGUCGCAUACCCGACUUUCCGCACCAAGUUACAUGACUAUUUUGAACUCACACACCGAUUCGGUGCCUGGUCCGCCGUGGCGCUUUUCCUGGCCGUUUUGUUGCUCUUCUCGGACCAGGCACGGCACGCAGACGGUCUAACGCUCGGGAAGUACCUGAUCAAACUCCCCGCCUUCUGGUUCGUCCUUGGAAUUAUCGUGACAAUCAUCCACCCUUGGCUCCUGCUGCGGCGGGUGCAGGUCUCCCCCGAGUACUUGUCGCCCCAUGCUGCCCGGCUCCACAUGGACCACCAAUCGACAGCAUUCGGAAAGGUGAUUGCCCUCUCCAAACACCCACUCCACGAUUGGCACAGCUUUGCGACAUUUCCUGAUGACCCUUCCGGCCGGACCUUUUCUUGCAUUGUGUCCAAAGCAGGCAACUGGACAUCACGAUGCAUUGAUACACAACCGACUCAAUUAUGGAAGCGUGGCGUGAUGAUGUACGGCUUCAUCCAUGUGAUGCGUGUUUUUCACAGGGUGAUUGUGGUGACCACUGGAUCAGGAAUAGGGCCCUGUCUUUCGUUCCUAAGCGAAAGCGAUCGUCCCCCGAUGCGGAUCAUCUGGCAGACGCGGAGUCCCAUCCGGACCUAUGGCAGGGACGUUCUGAACUUAGUGCAACAACUAGACCCCAACCCACUUCUCAUCAAUACGAACAGUAGUGGGCGGGUGAACAUGGUGCCAGUGACUCGGGAACUAUUCCGCGAGUUUAACGCCGAAGCUGUGUGUGUGAUUAGCAAUCCGACGCUUACCAAGAAGAUCGUCUUUGAACUCGAGGCCAUUGGAGUGCCUGCUUUUGGGCCCAUUUUUGACUCUUGAUUUUGCAUGAGACGGGUCAGAGAAAUGAGAGAUAUGAAGAUGUACAUAAUAUGAUGAUAACCAGUCCCACAUCCACGCAACUCAGCCGCUUGUCAAUGUGUUGGUCCUAAAGCAGCCUUGUCGUGCCGCUCGUGGCGCCACCAAAUACGAGGAAGUUUGCCUAAUAUAUUUUUCAGUGAUAAAUGUAACCUGACUAGUUAC